GUCAAAGACAAUCAAGUCCAAUCGCAAAAUGAACCCAGCAACCAUUGUCCUGUUCUCCUGCAUGGCUAUUAUGGCCCAAGCAGCCGUUAUCGUGGACCCUACUACAGCCGCCAUUGCUUUGAAUGGAGGUGUCGGUUCAAAACCGUUUGGGAUUGGAAGGUUUGCUGAUGAUGCUGCUGGGUUGUUCAAUUUGAUUGGCAGGAACAGAUGCAUUGGAGGGGUAUGCUCCCCAAACGCAGUCUCCAAUUGCAUUGGUGCAGAAUGUGACUUGGUUGAAGACCAAGUCAGGAAAGUGGUAGUCCAGAAGCAGCUUCAAAAGCUACAAGCCAUCCAGAACGUACAGAUGAUUGAGCAAAACCAACUGAAAAACGAACAAGAGAGUCUGCAGGAGGUACGCAUGUUGGCUCAGGAAGCUGGUCUCCAGCAGCAGGUUGCUAAUCAACAAGCUCAGUUGCAGGAACAAGCUGCAUUUGUUGAUAUUACCCAGCAGUUGCACAAAGUCCAGCUUCUCGACCAACUGAGGGCAGCUCAGAUCAAAAUCAACCAGGCAGCCAGCAGUAUCUUAUGGAACCCCGUAAGAGGAGUCUGUGGACCUACAGGUUGUUUCCUGACAAAGAAAACUCUGGUUGACCCAAGGAUUGCUCGUGUCUUCCAAAGACCCUUCUGCGAUUUCUGUUAAUUUUUUACAGUGAUUAUCAAUGUUUGACAUCAAAUGUAUGUUUUUAUGCUGGUGAAUAAAAAUAUUCGAAGUAUA